AUCCUGUAUUUCUGACUAUUGGUCUCUGUAUUCUCACUACUGCUGCGUCAUUGGAAAAGACGAUACGUAUUUUCUCGGGUGGUUUUGAAAAUUUGAAAGUCAUCUUGAUAAUUCUACGUAUGCAGGUAAUUCACUUGCAGCGCGCCCUGCAGUAUAGCAGAGAUCAGCCAGUUGAGUUAAGUGCAUCAUGGAGUACGUGGAUGCAGUAAAGGGCGACAGUAACGAGAACUGUUGUGGUUCAGCACCCUGUUUAGAAGCAUCAUCGAAUUCUAAGUCUGAGGAAAUCCCUCCAGAAGUAGUAAUCAGUAAACCCUCAACGAAUGCUAAGGAAGAGAAGGAGAUUGUUGCAGGAACCAGCUCAGAGGACCAGCCACGAGAGACUAUAGACUUUAAAGUUAUAUAUAAUAAGCAAAAGAUUGACAUUAGUUUUGCGCUCGAUGGCACCAUUGGAGAGCUAAAGGCCCACCUUCAAAACAUCAUUUCAGUGCCUCAAGCGAUGCAAAAAGUGAUGAUCAAAGGAUUAGCCAAAGAUGAUCAGACGCUUAGAAGUUUAAGUGUUACAAAAGGUGCCAAAGUCAUGAUUGUGGGCUCCAAGUUGGACGAUGUGCUGGCCGUAUCUGUUCCGACGAAACAAGAUGUCAGUGAUGACGUUACUGCCACCGCUGGAAAGGAGCCAUUAUCUCGACAGAAAAUACAUCGUAAAGUAUUAGACAAAGGAAUCCCAGAGGAUGUUAUGCCAGGCAUAUUGGAAAGCAAGGAAUCCCUACCAGAUUUUCCUCUGGCAGGAAUGCUGAACAAAUCUGGUGGAAAAGUCAGAUUAACUUUCAAAUUAGAACAAGAUCAGCUGUGGAUCGGUACAAAGGAAAGAACUGAUAAAAUACCUAUGAACUCGAUAAAGGGUGUUCUUAGUGAACCUAUCCACGACCAUCCUGAGUAUCACAUUAUGGGUAUACAAUUGGGUACGACAGAAGCCUCUAGGUACUGGAUAUACUGGGUGCCUGCGCAGUAUAUAUCAGCCAUCAAAGAUGCUAUCCUGGGCAAAUGGCAGUACUUCUGAUCGUCUGUGUAAAAGGAACCAAUCAUCUCUUUUCAAAACAGAGUGUUAAACGCGAGUGUGAACUUCGACACAAACGACUGUGCUAGUCACGCAUUUUCAACAGUAAGUAAUAACUUAUUUUGCAUUGGAGUUCUGCCGAGUAGUCCUAAUGAAAAUAAUUCAUUCGUUGCGACGUAAAAUUUAAUGACAGAGAGAGAUAAUCUUGUCAAUAUCGUUCUACAUGAACUGAUAUUUUUUAUCAAAUAGCUUUUUCUACGAACCCUUUCUUUUAUUCAUUUCGAACCUUUUCUUGUAACGAUUUUAUUAUUUCUAUUCGGACGCUCCAAUACGAAGGUAUCGUGCUAAAAACAUGCUCAUCAAGAAAGGGUGCUUUUUGCAAUUCUCAAAAAAAGGAAAAGAAAAGAACAGCAAGUAUGAAAUAUGGAACUAAAUUAAUUGUAAUACAUGACGAAGGAAAGAGAGAGAGAGAGAGUGUAAUUUUUUUGCAUCUUUAUAAUGGUCGUGUAGAAAGAGAACCAACAGUUAUUUCUGGCUGUAGUAAUUAGUAUUUAAAAACUCGUUAAAAAAUCGGUUAUAAAUGUUCCAUCCAGUGAAGAAAACUCAAUGAUCAUAUUAUGGAUUAGUAGAACCUCAAAUUUUCAAAAAGGAAAAAAAAAAUUUCAUGAUGACUAAAAGAUGAUAAUUUUUAAAGUAUAAGCUUUUUCUCUCUCUCUCUCUCUCUCUCUCUCUCUCUCUCUCUCUCUCUCUCUCUCUCUCUCUCUCUCUCUUUCUCUAUUCUUAAGCAUCAUGUAUUAAUUCUUAUGUCAAAGCCGUGACGUGAUUUUGCAUUUAAUGAUAUUUAUUACAUGUCCUCAAAUCGCGGUAAAUGAAUACAAAUUAGAGAUUCAAUUAAAACUGGCAGAUUUGGCUUCGAAUCUUCCACAAUAGGCGAGCAAGCGAAGUGUAACGAAUAGAUGAUAAAUCUUUAGUCAAUGCUUUGUGAUAAAAAGAGAAUAACGGUGACUUAUAUAUAUAUACAUGGAUAUAUAUAUAUAUAUAUAUGUUUGCAUGAGAAUAUAUAUAUUUAUGUAUGUAUUUAUAUGUACGUGCGAUCGUGCGACGUCAUACGCAAUUGCGUGUAAAGUGACAACGAAUUUCACGCCAAAUAAAACAUUGUAAUUAUCAGUUAUCUAUUUUCUCAGUGGCCUCGAUGUGUUAUAAGGCAAAGUAAAAAAUUCAAUUUUCGAGUUAAAACAAAAAGUUAAGUCAGCUUUACUCUGGUAUAGUCUCGUUCUAAGAAAUGAAAAACGUGAUGAUUUUAUCACGAUGAAAAGCACAAAACGAGCAAAAAAUCAGGCGUAGGAAAUGUGCUCUUGUCCUAUAGAUUUUAUAACGUCAGUAAGUACAUAACUAUAUGGAAAGAUAUUAAAAUGACAAAUCAAAAAUUCCUGUCAACCUUUGACAUGUUUUCGAAGAGUCAUUUGCGUGGAAAAAGAAUAGAAAAAAGUUUAAAAAGGAGAUAAGAGAAUUAGAAAAGGAAUAAUCAUUUUCGGAGGUCCUUUUAAAUACGACUUGUAUAUUGCGUUAUGUGAUUUCAUAAUAAAAUAAAGAAUUACAAAUCAA